UUGAUAUGGAUUCGAUGACAAAAAGUCUUAAGGAAGAUUAUUUGACAUGCGUGAUAUGCUUUGAACUGUUUAAGGAACCAAAGGUUUUGUCAUGUCUACAUAAUUUUUGUGAGGCUUGUUUGGAAGCAUUAAUCCAGAAAUCUUUGGAGAAAAACGACUUGAUAUGUCCAAUAUGCCGAGAAACUACAUCCCUGACAUCAAAAUCGGUUUCGGGUUUGAAAACGAACUUUAUAUUCAAAGAUAUGAUCAACAAAUUAUCCCCUUCCAAAGAAUCGCAUCCUAAAAGGAUCUGUUCCUUUUGUAUUCUCCAUUCUAAAGAAGUAGAGGCAACUCACAAAUGUGUAACAUGCAUGGAUCUGCUAUGUAGUUUUUGCACAAGACACAGACACAAUUUUACCAGGCAGAACGCUUAUCAUAACGUAGUUCAUCUCAGGGACUAUUUGGCGGGAAAAUGCAAAGCAGAGACGAAAUACGAGAUACCAUGCGAAAAGCACCACGAAAGAAUGCGUUUCUACUGUCGACAGUGCUCAGUUCCAAUAUGUAGAGAGUGCGCUGUUGUGGAACACAGAUCCCAUAAUUAUGUAUCGUUUGCAGAAGCAAGAGAGAUAGUAAAAGAGGAAAUGGAGAAAAACUUGCAAACUUGUAGAACAAAAAAAGAGAAACUGCAACAAAUGCAUUCAGCCUUGACAUCUAAAUCCGAAGAAUUGUCGGCGAAUGAAUCUUCCCUUAUAGAUUUAGUCGAUGUUACUUGUAAGGAAAUGGAAUCGAAGUUGAAACAACACCGUCAAAAAGUUGUAGAAGAAAUAAAACGAAAGUCGAGCGAAAAGAAGAAAAACAUUGAGAUUUAUGCGCAAGACUAUCUUAACAUGCAAGAACGAUUACAAGAAUCAAUUUCAUUUUGCGAAAACCUGCUAUCUAAUGGCAGUGAUUUAGAAGUUUUGUUCUUUUUAAACGAGAUGAGGUCGUGUUUAAUAAAAUACCCAGAUCCUGAAGAGAAGCGAAUGCACAUUUCUCUUCCAAGCCUGAAAGUAAAUAGAAAGACAGAAUACUUUGUUUUCCAGUUGGAGGAUGAUGUCGUUGAUAGAGAACAUUCAGCUACAGCAAGAAAUGACACAGAAACGUCCUCAGCGUUGAAUAUAAAUAUCACGAGUUUACUAGAAUCUCAAGAUUCCGAAGGAGCGUGUCCAGAAAACCCUGGUGAAAAACCUAAAAUAUCUGCAUCAGUGUCAGGAAAACCAAGCAAUGAAUCAGAUGGAACAAAUGCAGAAAAUCCUCAUACCAAAACACAGAAAAAUAAAACUGCUGUACAAUCAGAAACAGCUCAUGUUCCCAAGUGUUUAAACACAUUUGAGGCUUUGGUCACAUAUGGCGAAAAGUCCCCAAGUUACACAUGCAUUACGUGGAUUGACAAAACAUCUUUUGCUCUUGCAGAUGAGAACAACCAAGCAGCUGUAAUUGUUACAACCAAUGGGGAAGGCAUUCAAAUUCGAACGCACUCAGUAAAAGGUAUAGCCGCCAUUACAAAGUUUGGUAGUUUUCUUGCGUUUAAAACGCAAUCAGGCGAAGUCAAAAUUUUUUCCUAUCCGAACUUGAUAUUAGAAACAGUUUUUAAAGGGGCGUAUGCUUUAACAUCACGCUCGGCAGAGUUGAUUUGGAUAACAAAAGAAAAGAUAAUAAAAUUCAAUGAUGUUAAAAUUGAUGAAAGGAAAAUUACAGACGAAGACGGAAAUCCUUUUAGAUUUACAAGGCCGUUACAUGUUUGUUGUCUUUCGAAUAAGACUUGCGCUGUUACAGACAAAGUUGCCGAUUGUCUGUUUUUUCUUAAUAGAAAUGGUCAAAUAUCGAGACGGCACUUAUUUACAGGGAAGCUAGGUGCACUUUCUUGUGACAAAGAAAAUCGUCUUUAUAUGGCAUUUUAUGAAACAGAUAGCAUCUGUAUUAUCAACGUAAAUGGAGAAUGUUUGCGGACAAUUUCACUAACCUGCAUUUUACGAAGACCAAGAGGUAUAUCGGUUCUAAGUGAGGAAGAAAUUCUGGUGUCCAGCAAAGAAAACGUCGUUCUUAUUUCUUUAAAAUGAUAAAUUGAAUUUCUAAAGGAAACAAACAGAAUAUACCAAUUAAUUUCAAACUCAUUUUUAUAUAGAUAUACUUUGUGAAGAGUUUUUUUUUUCAAUGCGAAAUGUCCAGCAAAGAAAACGUCGUUCUUAUUUCUUUAAAAUGAUAAAUUGAAUUUCUAAAGGAAACAAACAGAAUAUACCAAUUAAUUUCAAACUAAUUUUUAUAUAGAUAUACUUUGUGAAGAGUUUUUUUUUCAAUGCGAAAU